CUCGUCACGCCACGCCCACUUUUUGUAUCAAUCUACGGAAUUGCCCGAAUUAAAGGCAAGAAUAUUAUUCAAAAGAGUUGUGAAUUCUCAUUACUUGGAUGGAAAUUUGUAUUGAUUCAGUUGAAUCAGCUAUUGCUGCCGAGAAUGGAGGGGCAUCUAGAGUUGAGCUUUGUUCAAAUUUGUUUGAAGGGGGAACCACUCCAAGCAUUGGAAUGCUCCAGGUGAUCAAGAAGGAAUGCCCAGAUCUUCCUGUCUUCAUUCUGAUACGCCCCAGAGGAGGGGAUUUUGUUUAUAGCAUGUUGGAGAUGGAAGUGAUGAAGCAGGACAUUAAACUGAUGAAAGAGCAUGGAGCGGAUGGCUUCGUGCUUGGAGUUCUCACAAGUGAUGGAAAUGUUGACAAGGACAAGUGCAGAGAGUUGAUGGAUCUGUGCAGACCACUCCCAAUGACAUUUCACAGAGCUUUUGACAUGUGCACUGACGCUCAUGGCGCUUUGGAGGAUAUCAUCUCCCUUGGUUUUGACCGCUUGCUGACCAGCGGUCAAGAGUCAACAGUCUUAGAAGGGCUACCCUUGAUUGCUGACCUAGUGACUAGGGCAAGAGGAAGAAUAGUCAUCAUGCCUGGUGGCGGUAUAACAGAGCGCAACCUCCAGAGAAUCUUGGACGGUAGUGGGGUGAAGGAAUUUCACUGCUCCGCCCGAACAUCCCGCCAAUCACAGUCAACUUACAGGAACACAGCCGUCUCCAUGGGAGCAGCGCUCAGACCUCCAGAAUUCACAUUGAAGUGUGCCGAUAGUGAUCUCAUACGGAGACUCCGUGGUAUACAGACUGAAAGAUGAUAGACUGCCAACCUUUUCAUGCAAUAAUCGAUCAAUCUCAGGGGAGAAACGAGUCUGUUUUUUAGUUAUUGGACCUAUUAAUCAGGUUUAGCUUCAAGUAUCGAAUUUAUAUACUAAGGGCCACUGCACACCUGAUUUUGGAAUAAAACGUAGAAGAAUUUGAUGCUAAUAUUGAGACAUGGAAUACAUGUAUCUUACUGUGUAAUAUUCAAAAACAUUGUACUAAUACCUAUGUAUUAUCUGUGGCUAUGCUAUUGCCCUUAUUAAAAAUGGAAGUUAAUUUCAUAUCGAGUCGUAAUGACGUCAUAGCAAUUAUAUGAUCGGCUACGAUUUGAGACUCAUUUGGCCUUUACUCCUAAAUAAAGGCUUGCAAUCGUCCAAAAUUGUUAUAUUAGUAUUCUUUCAAUUAAUUUGGAACCUCAAAUAAAAUCAUACUUUACAUUUACAUUUUCAGAAAAUGAGCAAAAUAUGAUUCAUCUCAAAAAUGGAUCAUGGACCGGUUGUAAGGUGUGUGGUGGCCUUUACUGGUAUGCAGUUAAGCAGGCCGGGUUUGUUGAAGUGAAAACUUUGUUGUAGGAACUCAACCCCCCUCUCCCCCCCCCAUUUCCACAGAGAUGAUGCUUGUCUAGAGGGUCUUAUCCACAAGAAAAUAUGUGAAAAUACAAAUGGGGUAUAUUUUACUGAUUAAAAAAAAUGCUGUGUAAUUAUCUAUUGCUGUGUUCCUGUCAUGUAUCAGCACAUUGAAAUGUUGAAUGUCCAUUCAAAAACAAAUCCAUGUUAUUCUUUGCUGGUGUUUAUUUUUUAUUUUUUGCCAAAUCUUGAUUGGAUUACUGAGAUUGGAAGAACAGAAUUCACCAAGAAUACCACUUUGGAAUUGGAUAUGCUGCAUUAGUCUGCAAUUUCAUUCAAUACAAUUACCAUAUGAUAGUUUCAUCUUUGCACUCACUUCUUUGGCGGCAUUUCUCGGCUACUAAAUCUUAUUAUAAUCCACAUUCCACUUUUUAAGGCUCCAACAGAUGCAGAACAUCUAAUGUCCAAUGCUUCCAAAAGGAGUCGACGAUUUGUUGGACGUAUUCUACCUUGAGGUACAUCACGCGAUGCUCUACCCGGUAGCAUGUCGUUUGGGAAAAUGUAACUUCCAUUAUCAGGAUCGUGGGGAAUUCUACCAAUUGGUCUCUGAUUGAUGAGGUUAGCUUUAUCUAUUAAACACGUAUAGGCCUAUAGCUCAAAUGGUGUCAAAAGCUGUCCUGCGAUGGCUUUCUUUUAGGAGUAUUUUCAGCUUUUCACAAGCGAUUCCGCACCUCCGUUCUGGUGAGGCGCUGAAGGAGUGGUGAAUUUCCAAACAGUUCUCAUAUUUGCACAGAAUUCAGCCAGGUUCUGUGCAUCCUAACCUCUGAUUACCUCGCACAGCUCUCUGUCGGCACCAACAAACUGCGUACCGUUGUCACUCAAUAGAUAGGCAGGUUGGCCUCUAAUUACAAAGAACUGUCUAUUCACUAGAAGAAAGGCCAUAGUGGAGCAGUGGGUAGCCAUCUCCAGAUGUACUACUGUUGUGUUAAGGCACAUGAAAAUUACACUGUACAAUUUAAUAGCAGUGCAUUACGGGUAAUCUUCACUCUGUAUAGACCAAACUAAUCAACAGAUGUAUUGUAGAAUUUGGGAGUCUGGGGGCUACUCUAUUCUGAGGUAACUAUGCCAUCAGCUGUUUCUCAGCUGCAUAUUCAAUCUCUCUUCACUUUGUGCAUCUGAACUUGAUGGUUUUUUGUCUCACCUGCAUAGCAGAGUGAGACUAUAGGCGCUGC